AUGGAUGCACAAAGCGAUCGAAGACGCGCUCGGCUAACAUUCGACGCGUCCCGGAUAGCCGUAGUCCACACCUAUUUGGCCCUCACGACCUUUCUAACGGCACUCUUACUGGGUUGUCUGCUUCACUAUAAGAAGAUAGUCAAGAAUGGUGUGGCUGGAUAUCCUGAGGAGUGGUUUCCAUCUGUAUCGGCUACUAUCGGAGAUUGGUACCCUGAAAGAAAUAUCUUCCAGAUCAUGAUAGCCAUGAACUCUGGACCCCGCUUCGCCCUUGUAUUCUUGCAGUACUAUCUGACACGUUCUGCACAAUCAUCCCUACCAACUGUUGUAUUUGUUUCCGGUAUCAUCCGAACGCUAUCGUGUGGUGGUUGGGUGUACAUUACCUCGACUGACGACCAUGACGCGCAUGACGUGCUCAUGAUCACUUACAUUGUAUGCAACUUACCGUGGAUGUUCGGAGGUAUAGCAUGUACUCCUGUCGCGAACAGCGAAGCUAGGAAGAAGAGGCAACGUUUUGCCGCCGCAUUCUUCUUGUCCAUGAUCCCAAUGAUAUACUUCUUCAUUCAACAUAAGGUAAAUCGAGUACCAGGAGCUUAUACCCGAUAUAGCUUCUUCGAAUGGGGACUUAUUAUUUUGGAUAUUCUCUACGACUCCGUUGCCGAAUUAGACUUCAAAGCUGCCAACUUACAGGCAAAAUCUCAGAUCGUGUCAGAUACCCAAGUAUCAUCAGCGAAUCCUAAAGCUGACGAGAAGUCUACUGCACCUGAUGCUGCGUCAACAGUGAUAGAAGACAAGAGACUACGGCUCGCACUCCCUACGGAGUGGCGACUGGUGGCUGCCUUCCUGUCAGAUGUCUAUCUUUCAUAUUUGUUCUGGUCCAUAUACACAUCCCUUGCACCCACGCUAUUUUACUUCUCUGUCUGGGAACUGAGCAUUGCAGGUCAUGAAAUUGCUUUGAUCUCGGUACUUGCUACUGGCCUCCUUGGAAUAUCCCCGUUCCGUGCCUGGGCACGGACUCACGAUGGAAAGAUGGUGCUCCAUUCUCUGUCGCUUGUUGGCCUACUCGCAUAUGCUCUACCUAGUCCCUUUUCACGAUUAUUCGCCGUCGCCUUUGCGAACAUGGCUCUUAGCAUCAGGCAGGCAGUUGACUGGGCCGAUGGCCACCGUUCGUGGUAUAAUGGAAUUCGUGAGAGAGUUCGUGCUAUCUUGUUGAUAUCUCUUCUAAGUGCUAUUCCAGUUACUGGCAUCGGACUCAUCCUGUCAUCCUUUUCGAAGCAUGCCAAUCAUUCCAACAACCCAGUCUGGCCAUUCGUCGACGCUGCAUCCGGUGGUUAUAACAAGACCGGUAUACUGCUGGCUCUCCUCGCAUUGUAUGAACUAUAUACCAGGUCCGAUAACAACAGGAAUGCUGGAGCCACAGCGACGGUUCCCAGAGCUGCUAUCUCGUCUUCGAAGACAUGGCUGCCCCAGUCAAUAGCCCUCGGCGGCCUUCUGUUCACCGUUCAUCAGCUGCUGGCGGAAUCCAGUACGUUGAUCGCCUGGUCUUGGACAGGAUACCCUAUCAAAGGACCCAUCCCGAACGUGCAUGGCUGUCUCACCCUUCUAGCACAAUCUCUGGGACUUUUGCUACCUGUGCUACUCUCCUCCUCCUCUUCUUCUGCUGAGGCUGCUGCCCUUCUAACCCAUCCUCUGUGGUUCUUAUAUGGCGCUGGCAGCGCAUACGUGGUGUACAGCUGUAAGGACUGGUUUGGGUAUAUCGGAGGGUUGAACCUCGCAAUAUUCCUCAUGUCUGUCUUCCCCCAUGUUAUAAGCAGCGCGGCCUCGACUGGCAAAGUGGGGCGCACGUACUUCACGGCUUGGCUCGUUGUCUGUCUCUUGGACCUCGCCAACGUAUGGACUGUUGCCUAUGCGUUUGUCCCAGGUGGCGUCUAUUUGAGGGAGCGCACGGAUUUGGUUCUCAUCGCGCAAAUGGCUGCUAUUGCUUUUGCUUUCAGCUGGCCCAGGAGAAGCACGCUCGACAUUUCCCCCUCGCUUCCUGGAUCGUCAGCUCUCUGUAUUCGCAGCUUCCUAGCUCUCGCAUCUGUGGCAUCUCUUCUCGUCACCGUGUAUCGCUAUCCUACGUCAAGCCCAGCUCCUCAUAGGCCUGGUCCCCGUAUCGUCCGGGCCGGAAUAUGGACUGUACAUUUUGGUAUUGACAAUGAAGGCCGGGACAGCCAAAGGCGGAUGAGAGAUCUCAUAAGAGAUAUGGAGCUUGACGUUGUGGGACUCCUUGAGACUGAUCUACAUCGCAUCGUCUUUGGUAAUCGCGAUCUAACGCGAGUCAUCACGGAAGACCUGGGCUAUUAUGUAGACAUAGGCCCUGGUCCCAACCAACAUACCUGGGGGGCCGUGCUACUGUCCAAGUUCCCAAUCAUCAAUUCCACGCAUCAUCUGCUGCCAUCGCCUCACGGUGAACUAGCCCCGGCAAUUGAAGCCGUACUAGAUAUGCACGGGACUCCUGUGACGGUUGUAGUGGCGCAUAAUGGACAAGAGGAGGACCCACUGGAUCGGGAACUACAGAGUCAGGAGCUCGCCCGAAUAAUGGCCAAAACGUACCCGCAGCCAGUGAUCUUCCUUGGAUACGUCGUGACUCAUCCUCAUGCCCAACGUCCGAAUCCGUAUGAGAUCCUCGUAUCGGACGGCAGGGUGCACGAUAUCGAUAGUCUUGACUCGGACCGCUGGUGCGAAUAUAUAUUCUAUAGAGGCCUCUAUCGUACCGCGUACGCCCGAGUAUCACGUAGCACUAUUACGGACACCGAGCUGCAGAUCGGGCAAUUUGUCGUUCCGAAAUACGGGCAUGGAGUCACAGACGAUAGUGAGAUUGCAAGGUACCUUCGAUCGUGGAAGGAAGAUCUCCCAGAGGAUCACUGGUUCCCUAUGGAAUACUAUGGGAAUGAGAGGGAAGGCGGUGUAAGGGGGCAUUUCUACCAUGUAUUCAAUACGCCUCUGUAUUACAAAAUUCCUGUAGGAGCCGUUGUAUGAGAGGGAACAGAUGUCGUGCUCGCUGUGCAUGUAUCAUCCUUUUCUUUCCUUUCGUCCUGUUACUGUUUGUACGACACCUGCAGAAUUACUAGUAUUCAUUCACUAUGCGACCCGGG